ACUCAACGUAUACUUCAAAUGUAACUAAAGUUAACCCAACUUCUCUUACGAAGAAGCGUCGUGCGUUUAUAUUAUAAAACAAAUGUAAAUGUGUUGUGUUUCGAAAAAAGUAUAGAAGAUAAAAAGUAACAAUGGAUUUUCAAAAUCGACCUGGAGGCAAAACUGGCGGUGGAGGCGUUGCCUCCUGGUCAGAGAGUAAUCGUGACAGAAGAGAACGAUUACGACAACUUGCAUUAGAGACUAUUGACCUCAACAAAGAUCCAUAUUUUAUGAAAAAUCAUUUAGGCUCUUAUGAAUGUAAAUUAUGUUUAACACUUCACAAUAACGAGGGCAGUUAUCUGGCUCAUACACAGGGUAAAAAGCAUCAAGCAAACUUAGCUAGAAGAGCUGCUAAGGAAGCGAAGGAAGCACCUCAAACACUUGCGCCUGAAAAACCUCGAGUAGAACCGAAAAAAUUCGUAAAAAUUGGACGACCUGGAUAUAGAGUAACGAAACAACGUGACCCAGAAUCAGGACAACAAAGUUUAUUAUUUCAAGUUGAUUAUCCAGAAGUUGCUGACAAUGUUAUUCCUCGACACAGAUUUAUGUCAGCAUAUGAACAAAGGGUUGAACCACCAGAUCGUAAAUGGCAAUACCUGUUAUUUGCUGCAGAACCUUAUGAAACUAUAGCUUUUAAGGUCCCUAGUAGAGAAGUUGAAAAAGCAGAAGGAAAGUUUUGGACUCAUUGGAAUAAAGAUACAAAGCAAUUCUUUCUUCAGUUUGCAUUUAAGAAUGAAAAACCAUCUGUUGGCAAAGUACCACCACCUCCAGUUCCUUUAAUACGACCUGGUUUAGGACCACCUAUGGUACCAGUUCCACCACCACCAAGACCACCAAUGUUUAACCCAGUACCACCACCACCAGCUCUUUUAGCCACAGGAAUGCAAAUACCUCCUCCACCUCCACAUCUAGCAUAAUUCUUUGAUAUAUAAUUGUAAACAAUAAAUUUGAUUUAUACGACUUCUAUAAUUUGAAGACAUUACACUUAAUACUAUUUGAGAUUUCAAGUAUCUCAUAUAGUGUUAGAUGUAGUAGUGCAAGUUAUAAUUCCCGAUGAUGAAAUGAAACAUACGUUUCCUUUAUUGUAAACAAAGUAUUCUUAUUUUUGUGUGGAAUAUUUCAUCUUGUAUAUAACAAAAGUACAAAUAUAUUCUUGAUUUCUUAUA